AUGUCGGCUUCACUUGCACCUGAAUGCAAUGAAGUCAAGGAACGAUAUGAUUCGUGCUUCUUGAAAUGGUAUAGCGAAAAAUACCUUCGAGGUAAAGGUACAACUGAUGAGUGUGAAUCUUUAUUCAAAGACUACCGGAAAUGCUUAACAGGUGCUUUGAAAGAGCGUGGUAUUGACAAAAUGCUUGAAGAGGCACGAGAGGAUCAUAAGGAGCAUGAUGCCGUAAAUCUGCGACGGCCUUGUGAGUUAUUCGCAUUCUUUUCCGGGGAGGGGAUAUGA